AGGGCAUUUGGACUUUAUGUUCUUUGCCACAGCAACAGCAAACACCAGCGUUUUCUUUUACCUCACAGGCCUUUGAUGUAAAGAAAAAAAAAGGUGUGCGCUACACCUAAAAUUAAAUAGGUCAAAACUAACCAACACUUCUUGCACACCCACAAGUUCUCGCAUGCAUUUCUAUAGCCACCACCUCAAAAACUACAACUGAGCUGAGAAAGAUGGAUCAUGGAGGGCAACAGGCUGAAGCUGUCCCAUUGCAGGUGGGGAGGUAUGAUGUGCCCCCUGGACAGCCUGGAGGACCUGUGAUGGUUCAAUACACCACUGUGACCAUCAGCACUGACCCCCCAAAAGACCACAUCAUCUGGUCUAUCUUCAACUUGGUUUAUGGAAACGUCUUCUGCUUUGGACUGGCUGCGCUCUUCCACUCUGUCAAGGCCAGAGACCGGAAAGUGGCUGGAGAUCUGAAUGGUGCCCGAAACUACGGCAACACUGCACGCUGCCUCAACAUCGUGGCCACAGUUCUGAACUUUAUCGGCAUUUGUUCAUUUAUUGCAAUAAUCGUCAUAAACGUGAACGUAAAAUCAUCCUCUAAUGUGAAUGCAUACCAUUACAAUAGACGCUAUUAA